AUGGCGACCCCUCAGAUCUACCGCAAAACCCUCCUCCCCGUCCUACUCCUGCUCGCGGCCGCGGCGCUCUACCCAGCCGCCGCCGACGGCGACGAGGUGCUCGCCCUCACGGAGUCCACCUUCGAGAAGGAGAAUGAACUUAAGUUUUUUACUACUUGGGUUGUUCCAGAGCUGUUGAGCUCAAAACCCAUCUUUCAAUACCAGCUCAGGCUUAUGGGUGACUUGUUUGGUGCAUCAAAAUCAACAGUAAUAAUUCAUUGCAAGUGUGGCCACUGCAAGAAGCUUGCUCCGGAAUAUGAGAAGCUUGCUGCAAGUUUUAAAAAGGCUAAAUCAGUCUUGAUUGCCAAGGUUGACUGCGAUGAGCACAAGAGUGUGUGCAGCAAGUAUGGAGUUUCUGGCUACCCCACAAUCCAGUGGUUUCCCAAAGGUUCCUUGGAGCCCAAGAAGUAUGAGGGUCAACGCACUGCUGAAGCCCUUACAGAAUAUGUUAACUCUGAAGCAGCAACCAAUGUGAAGAUAGCAGCAGUUCCUUCAAGUGUUGUGGUUCUGACCGAGGAAACCUUUGACUCAGUUGUCCUUGAUGAAACCAAAGAUGUCCUUGUUGAGUUCUAUGCCCCAUGGUGUGGUCACUGCAAGAGUCUUGCUCCGAUAUAUGAGAAGGUGGCCUCUGUUUUCAAGCAAGAUGAGGGUGUUGUGAUUGCUAAUCUUGAUGCUGACAAAUACACAAGCUUGGCUGAGAAGUAUGGAGUUUCUGGUUUUCCCACAUUGAAGUUCUUCCCGAAGGGUAACAAAGCUGGUGAAGAGUAUGAGAGCGGUCGGGAGUUAGAUGACUUUGUUAAGUUCAUUAAUGAGAAAAGUGGAACUAGCCGUGAUUCGAAGGGUCAGCUUACUUCAGAGGCUGGGCUUGUGGCAAGUUUGGAUGCUCUUGUCAAGGAAUUUCACAGUGCUGCUGAUGACAAGCGGAAGGAAAUCCUCUCUAAAAUUGAAGAGGAGGCUGCGAAGCUCAGUGGUCCUGCUGUCAAGCACGGAAAGAUCUAUGUGAAUGUUGCAAAGAAGAUAUUGCAGAAGGGCUCUGACUAUACCAAGAAGGAAACUGAGAGGCUUCAUCGCUUGUUGGAGAAGUCGAUCAGUCCUUCCAAAGCCGAUGAAUUCGCCAUCAAGAAGAACAUUCUUUCAGCCUUCUCCUCUUAA